AUGGAAUUAUACAUUAUCCUUCUCUGUAUCUCCAUCGUCUUCCUACUUUUCAAGCCCUUGUUCCACCGCUCCAAGACUUUGAACCUCCCUCCAGGUCCCACCGGCCUCCCCAUUAUCGGCUCCAUCCAUCGCCUAGGCGCUCACCCAAACCAAUCCCUCUCCGAGCUUGCCGAAAUCCAUGGGCCCAUCAUGAGUCUUCGCCUAGGCUCUGUCACAGUUGUAGUACUCUCCUCCCCUGACAUGGCCAAAAAAAUUCUCCAAACUCAUGCCCAAUCCUUCUCCGAUCGCCCGAUUCCUGAUGCUAUUGCUUCCAUGCCCAACCUUGAAGCUUCCUUGGUAUGGGGUCCUAGUGAUGACAAUAGGUGGCGCAAACUCCGCGGAAUGUGUAGCACCCAGUUGUUCAGUGCACAAAAGCUUAACUCUCUGCAACACCUACGCUACCAGAAAGUUGAGCAACUUAUUGAACAUAUCAGGAAACAUUGUCUUUCUGGUUCCCAAGUUAAUAUAGGUCAAGUUGUUUUUGCUACCACACUGAACUUGAUUUUCAGUACAAUGUUUUCGAUGGAUAUUGUUGAUCCGGAAUUUAGUACAGCUGAAGAAUUUAAAGAGCUGGUGUGGAAGAUAGUGGAGAGCGCGGGGAAACCGAAUUUAUCAGAUUAUUUUCCUGUCUUGAAGAGGUUUGAUUUGCAGGGAGUGAGGAAGAAUGCAAGGCUGCCUUAUGACAGGAUGCAUGAGAUAUUUGACGAGAUGAUUGGUAAAAGAAUGGAGGCUAGAGCAUCGGAUCCAGCCACCAGGAAUGGUGAUUUCUUGGAUGUGCUUCUAGAUCAAUGGGAAGAGAAUGGAUCUGUUAUCAAUCGUGAAACAAUCAAGCCUUUGAUCCAGAACUUGUUCAUUGCUGGAAGUGAGACAUCUGCAACAACCACAGAAUGGGCAAUGGCGGAGCUUCUUCGAAACCCAGAGGUGAUGCAAAAGGCAAGGGAGGAACUCAUGAACGUUAUUGGCUCGGAAAGAACAGUGAAAGAAUCAGACAUGGAUGAACUCCCAUAUCUUCAAGCUGUUGUAAAAGAAACCCUGCGGCUCCACCCAGCAGCCCCUCUUCUCUUACCAUAUAAAGCAAGAAAUGAUGUAGAAAUCUGUGGUUACACCAUACCAAAGGGCACUCAUGCUUUGGUGAAUAUAUGGGCCAUAAAUCGAGACCCAAAAUAUUGGGAUCACCCACUUACAUUUUGCCCAGACAGGUUCAUUGGCUCCAAAAUAGAUUAUAAAGAUGGAAGCUAUGAGUUUAUACCGUUUGGAGCAGGGAGAAGGUUAUGUCUAGGAUUGCCACUUGCGACUCGGAUGGUGCACUUGAUGUUAGCUUCCAUGAUCCUUUCCUUUGAUUGGAAACUUCCUCAAGGAAUCAAUCCACAAGAGUUGGACAUGCAAGAGAAAUUCGGUAUGACUUUGAAGAAAGCUGUACCUCUUUAUGCUAUCCCUGUAAUGAGAUAAAUAUGAAUAAUCAUUAACGUAUUGGUGGAGCUUGUUCAUCAACACUAGCAUGAUUGUCUGCUAUUUCUAUUUAGUUUUAGUCAUCUGCUUUGAGGCAGUUUUCAUGUUUCUCAGUGCAAUUCAGACCAUUUCAAUUUGA